AUGACUCGUUUUGCAUUCAGAGCAUCAGCCAUGGAACCUUCUGCUGCUGACACCAACAACACUUCUGACGAAAUGCCAACAAUGGAUGUUACUUCUCCUUCUUCGGCAACCAGCAAUGUGAUUGACACCACCACCACCAACAACAUGAAUGUCCAUAAUAUUGCUGUUGUUGAUACCACGAACAACAACAACAAUACCUCUGAUGAGACUUCUUCGAAGGAUGACGAACCUUACACUGAAGACAACUCCGUCGAGGAUGAAGAGGAAUACUUGGAAGAUGACGACGCCGACUCUUCCAAAGGAAAGGGCAAAAAGAAGAGGAAAUCUCACGUUGAAACCAAGCACAGAAAGACCUUCAUGUCUAUUGACGUCAUUGCCAUGAGAUCAUGCUUGCAUCUCAACCAAAAGGAAGCAGCAAAGAAGCUCAAUGUUUCUUUGAGUACACUCAAAAGAAGAUUUUACGAAAUGAGACAUGAAUUGGGAUGUGACAAAUGGCCCUACCCUCCACAUAAACCAACCUCUGGUACUGGCAAGAGAAAGCACGCAGCAGACUCUUCUGAUGAAGAUGCAAAUAUGCCUUCCGAUGAAGAAACCAAUUCUGACGGUGAACAAGAAAUGAUCACCUCGUACAGAGCCAAGACAAGGAGGCAAUCAGUCUCUUCAGCCCUCAACAAGAGAAGAGACUCGAUUCAGGCAGACUAUGUUUCCCAACCCCCUCUAGACGAUGUCACUCAAGACACCAACCACAGUUUCCAUUAUGAUUACAAAUCCGCUAACUCUUAUGAACGCAAUUCCAAAAAGCUCAAAGCUACCCACACUGGCUUCCUGUCCUCUUCCCUCCCUGAACCAUACGGUAAGCAGCCUUCUACUUCCUCGACUCAGCAUGCUCCUCAUCAAGAGAACCCUGAGUUUGUUUUCUACAAGGACAGUUACGAGGAACAGAACUCUUCUGAUGGUGAUCAAUCAAGCUCAGCUCCAGAAAUGGUCUCGGACGACGAGUAUCUCCAAGUUGCUCAGAGAGCAGCCAAGGCAACUAGUGCUAGUAUGGUCACAAAGAAGAAGGUAACCUGUGACCUCAACGAGAUCACUAAAAAGACACAAUCUCUCGACAAUCCUCGUGAGAAGGAGAUUUAUAGUGGAGCCAUACUGUUGAUGGCCUUCAAACAACAACAAAUCCUUUCCAAUACCCUCUAA